AUGGAGAAGUACAAGUCUAACGGAGGGGAGAAUGUCAACCCUGCUUAUGACAGGACCGGGGAUGAUCCCCCUGUCUACGAUGAAACCUCCUUCUCUGAAACCAAUGGCCUGUCUAACGGACACAGGCCAGUCCGGCCGUCAGUAGUCAGCGCCUUUGGUCAUGACACUUUGGACAGAGUGCCCAACAUUGACUUCUACCGUAACGCAGGUAGUGUGAGUGGUCAUCGGGCCGUGCGGCCAUCUCUUCAGGAGCUUCAUGAUGUGUUUCAGAAGAAUGGAACAAUCUCUGUGCCAGACACCGUGGAGGACGAUGGAGAGGGGAGUGAGGGGACCCCCUCUGACGAUGUGGAGUCUGCCGCUCCCAUUGAGAACAACAAAGGAGUAGUAAAAUUUGGCUGGAUAAAGGGUGUCCUGGUCAGAUGUAUGCUGAACAUCUGGGGUGUCAUGCUGUUCAUCCGCCUGUCUUGGGUGUUUGGGCAGGCUGGCUGGGGUCUGGGAAUUGUGGUAAUUGCUCUCAGCUGCGUGGUAACUACUGUAACCGGCCUGUCCAUGUCUGCCAUUUGCACUAAUGGAGUGGUCAGAGGAGGAGGAGCAUAUUACUUGAUAUCUCGCAGCUUGGGCCCAGAGUUUGGCGGUUCCAUUGGUCUGAUCUUCGCCUUUGCCAAUGCAGUCGCUGUAGCCAUGUAUGUGGUGGGAUUUGCUGAGACCGUGGUGGAAUUACUCAUAGAGAAUUCAGCCAUCAUGGUGGAUGAAAUAAAUGACAUCAGGAUCAUUGGAUGUAUCACGGUGGUGUUGCUGUUGGGCAUAUCUGUAGCUGGAAUGGAAUGGGAGGCCAAGGCACAGAUUAUUCUGCUCAUUAUCUUGCUCGCAGCCAUAGUUAACGUCUUUGUGGGAACAUUCAUUCCUGCAACCACCGAUAAGAAAGCCAAAGGCUUCUUCAAUUACGACUCGCAAAUAUUCUUAGAGAACUUUACUCCAAAUUUUGAAGAUGGUGAGACAUUUUUUUCUGUGUUUGCCAUCUUCUUCCCUGCUGCUACGGGAAUUCUGGCGGGAGCCAACAUCUCUGGUGACUUGAAGGAUGCCCAAGCAGCCAUUCCUAAAGGUACCUUGCUGGCCAUCUUAAUCACUGGUGUGACCUACCUGGGUGUGGCCCUCUGUGUCUCUGCUUCUGUUGUCCGCGAUGCCACAGGAAACACAAAUGACACUUUUCCCAUGGGAACAGUCUGUAAUGGCCCAGCAUCAGCUGCAUGUGAGCUGGGCUAUAAUUUCACUUCCUGUGAAGUAGAACGCUGCAAGUUUGGCUUGAUGAACAGCUUCCAGGUGAUGACCAUGGUAUCAGGAUUUGGCCCCCUUAUCACUGCUGGAACCUUCUCAGCCACCCUCUCCUCAGCACUGGCCUCCCUCGUCAGUGCUCCUAAAGUUUUCCAGGCACUGUGCAAAGAUAAUAUCUACAAGGCUCUGCACUUCUUUGCCAAGGGUCAUGGCAAGAACAAUGAGCCAAUCCGUGGCUAUGUCCUCACCUUCGUAAUUUCUGUGGCCUUCAUUCUCAUUGGUGAUCUGAACGUCAUCGCUCCCAUCAUCUCCAACUUCUUCCUGGCAUCAUAUGCUCUCAUCAACUUCUCCUGCUUCCAUGCGUCCUAUGCCAAGUCUCCAGGAUGGAGACCAGCAUAUAAAUACUACAACAUGUGGCUAUCAUUGUUGGGGGCGUUGCUCUGCUGCGUUGUCAUGUUUGUUAUCAACUGGUGGGCUGCUCUGAUCACAUACGGCAUUGAAAUCCUCCUCUAUGUCUAUGUCACAGUCAAGAAGCCAGAUGUGAACUGGGGUUCAUCCACUCAAGCGGUGACAUUUGUGAGUGCAGUCAGCAAUGCUCUGUCUCUGUCUGGGGUAGAAGACCAUGUCAAGAACUUCAGGCCUCAGAUCCUGGUACUGAAUGGUACUGCAAAGAACAGACCAGCUCUGCUGGACCUGGCUCACUCCUUCUCAAAGACCUAUGGACUCUGUCUCACCGCUGAGGUGUUUGUGGGUCCGAGAGCAGAAGUCCUUCCGGAGAUGAACGCAGGCAUGGAGAAAAACCAGAUGUGGCUUAACAAGAAGAAACGCAAGGCAUUUUACGCUGCUGUGGCCUGUGAUGACUUCAGGAAAGGGGUAGAGAGCCUGCUGCAGGCCUCUGGUUUGGGUCGUAUGAAGCCUAACACCUUAAUGCUUGGCUUCAAGAGAGACUGGAGGACUACCAACAAAGAGGCAGUGCAGAGCUAUGUGGGAAUGCUACAUGAUGCGUUUGACUUUGAGUAUGGAACAGUGGUGCUGAGGAUGAGCCAGGGGCUUGAUAUGUCCCACUUACUGCAGGAAGAAGAGGAGAUGCUGAAGGCAGCAAAGGAGCAAGCGAUGCUGGAAAAUGAGAUGAUGCCAAACGGAGGAAAAGGAAAGGGAUUGUUCAGGAAGUCCAGGAAAUCCUCUAAACAAGUGCUCACCACCAGAGUGUCUGUAUGCAGCCCUCCAUCCCCGCAGGUUGCCAGGAUGAAUGAGAGGCUGGUGGAGGCCGGUGCUCAGUUCAAAAAGAAACAGCCUAAAGGCACCAUUGAUGUGUGGUGGUUGUUUGAUGAUGGAGGUCUAACCCUGCUGCUGCCCUACAUCCUCACCACCAGGAAGAAGUGGAAGGAUAGUAAAUUAAGGAUCUUCAUUGCAGGGCAACCUGGACGCACUGAGCUGGACAAGGAGGAGAUGAAGUCUCUGUUGGCGAAAUUCAGAAUUAACUGCAGUGACAUCAAUGUUAUCGAUGACAUCCACGUCAAACCCAGCUCUAGCAGCUGGAAGACAUUUGAGGACAUGAUUGAACCCUUCUGUCUGCAUGAGAGGUGUAAAGACAUGGCUCAGUCCGAGGCCAUGAGGAGAGACUACCCCUGGAAAAUCACUGAUGAAGAGCUGGACACCUUUGAGGAGAAGACCAACCUCCAGGUGCGACUGAAUGAGCUGCUUCAGGAAAACUCGCGAUCAGCCAAUCUAAUCAUUGUGAGCAUGCCAAUCGCUCGGAAGGAAUCUGUCUCUGAUUACCUGUACAUGGCCUGGCUGGACGUCCUGACCAAGAACCUUCCACCCACCCUGCUCAUUAGAGGCAACCACAAGAGUGUGCUAACUUUCUACUCCUGA